UUCUUUAUUUUUAUUAUUUACUUUAUGAAAUCUUAAUUCGUGGUUUUGCUUAUGUCAUAGUUUUCUAAGACAAUAUAAUUAUAAUAUAUAAUACAAGAUUCUGCAGAAAAUUGUAUACCUGAAACAAGUUGCAUGGAACUUUCAAUCAUCUAUGGGAAUAGAAAAAUAUCCAAACACAUACAAAAAGGGAUAAUAAUUUUAGAAAUUACAAAGUUCCCAAUUCCUAAGCGAAAUGGGUGCUUAAUAUAGUUUCUAAUGAAAUUAAUAUCAAUUCAUCAAAGAAAAAACACACCUUAAGAUCAUUUAUGAAAAAACGCGUUCAAGAAGAGAAGACGUUUUAAAUGACUUUUAGGAAAAGCAGAUUUAUAUUGCACCAUUCCUUAUUCAACUGAUGGCUGAUGAGCCGCCAAGUGAUUUUGAGACAGCGAUGAAAAUUUGUGGAUUUGGAAAAUUUAAUAUAUACUUACUCUUAGUCAUUGUUAUAGCUAUUGCAGCAACAACGUUUGAAACCUCUUCUAUGUCCUAUAUACUGCCAACUGCUGAGUGUGAUCUGAGAUUAAGUUUACUGCAGAAAGGAAUAUUAAACGCAAUUACAUAUACAGGAACCAUACUAUCGGCUGUACCUUGGGGAUUUAUAGCUGAUACAAUGGGACGAAAACAAGUAAUAAUAUAUGGAUUACUUCUCGAUGGUGUGUUCACUAUGGGGGCAGCUUUAAGUCAAAACAUUACGCAGUUAAUGAUUUUUAAAUUUUUAGGAGGAUUUGCAGUUUGUGGACCGUUUGCUGUAAUAAUGUCCUACGUAUCUGAACUGCAUGGAAAAGACCAUCGUUCACAAGUUAUGAUGGUAGUCGGUCUAAUGAAAGGAACUGGAUUCCUUAUAUUACCUAUAUUAGCUUAUUUCAUUUUACCUUAUCAUAUUGCGUUUAAAAUAUGGGUAUUGAAGUUUCACACUUGGCAAAUAUUUGUUGCAACGACGGCUAUACCAAGUUUAAUAUCAGCUAUUUUAAUAGUUUUUUUACCCGAAAGUCCGAAAUUUCUAAUGACCAAAGGUAAAAAUGAAGAAGCUUUGAAAGUAUUUCAAAUAAUAUAUGCAGUUAAUACCGGACGUAAUAAAUCUGAAUAUCCGAUAAAGAUCUUGUCUAAUGAAGCUCCAUUUAGACCGCCAAGAGUUAGCAUUGACAGCAAUACAAAAUAUUUCAGAAGAAGAAGCAUUGAAGCACAACAAAAUCUUUCAGAAGGCUUUAAACAGUUGAGGCCUAUGUUCUCCAGCCCAUAUAUCGUGUUAGCUGUGUUUGUUUAUACAAUGAAUUUCUUCGUUAUUAUGGGUCAGAACACCUUACGGUUAUGGUUACCACAAAUAUUUGCUUCAUUAACCGAAUUUCAAGUUAAACAAACGACUACAAAUCCAAGUAUGUGCACUAUUUUGGAAUACAACGUCAAUAAAACCGAAUUAUUACGGUUUGAUGAAAUGACAGAAUGUGAUGUGCAUAUUAGUGCAGAAUCUUAUACUCCGAACAUUAUUGUUGCAGCAGUUGGGUUCUUUGGUUAUAUAGGUGUAGCAUUACUAGUUCCAUACCUUGGCACUAAAAAUAUAUUAAGUAUUGGACUGGGACUUUCUGUAUUAAGUAACUUCGGUAUGUUCUUGUCCUUUAAUUACCUCACGGUACUUCUAGCGUCAGCUGCAUUUAUAACAUUCAGCAGUAUUGCUGUUACGACAAUAAUAAAUGUAUCUGUUGAUGUUUUUCCUACAACAAUGAGAACAAUGGUUGUGGUACUCGUUAUGACUUUUGGACGUUUGGGUGCAGUAUUAGGAAAUGUUUUAUUCCCGGUAUUAAUAUCGCUUGGUUGCCUUCCGCCUUUUUUAACUGUUGGAGGUGUUAUUUUUGUUGCUUUAAUAAUAUCACUAUUCUUACCAAAUACUUCAAAAAUGGCGUUAAGAUGAUAUAUACCUUUAAGUGUAAGGCUUUCAAUAUAUUCGUGAGAUAUACCUUUAAGUGUGAGGCUUUCAAUAUAUUCGUACUAUACUUAAGAUUGUAUAUAUUUUAGCUUACUAUUAAGUUUAACUGAUACGUAUACAUUUUUAUUAAAAUA